GUAGAAGGUCGCCUGCAGGGGCGCACCAAGCUCGAGCGCGAGGAUCUCGAUGCCAUCGAGCGCUCUGUGGCAAAAGCAAGGAGGCAGCGGCGUGGAGGGAAGGAGCUGAAAGGUUUGAGCAGGUAUGGCCUCUUCUCCUUGAGGUUUCUGGCCUGUUGGCACGCACUAAUCGCAUGCGUCCAGGCGAAGAACGCCACAUGUCCAGCACAAACUUCAGGUUCAUUAAUGCUACAAGCUCGGCAAAGCACCAUGAAGUCGCAGUCGCAGCGCGCAGCCGCGGACGGCUUCAUGACAAUGUGGAGCGACAGUACCACCACGAUUGUUGGAGGCUCGUGCGAAUAUGCCAAUGCCGCGAACGGUGGGCUUGGCUCGCCAGCUGCAUCGAGCCCUUACAUAGCCUCUGAAGGCUACUGCGCAGUGGAUAGCACGCUGUACUCCUCGGGAGGGGCCUGUGGCUCGUGUUGGCGUGUUUCCUACGACGGGAGUCCUGCUACCGAUCCGGGUGUGCCUGGUAGCCUGGUGGUCCAGGUCGUCGACUCUGGGAGUGCGAAGGCCUUUGACUGCCACUUGACGGCCUUUCAAAGAAUCACAGGGGCUUCCACUGGGGUUUUUCCAAUCACCUACGAGCCGGUCGACUGCGACGUCGGAGGCGCGGGGCCUGUGGCGACGGUGCUCGACGGUGACAAUGCCUGGUACACGAAAGUGAUCUUCUCGAAUCUGGUUUCUGCAGUUAUGAAGGCUGAUCUGUUCUUGGGGGAAAGUGCCUUCACAAUGAGCAGGGUAAGUGGCGCCACCUGGUCGGCCAGCACUGCCGGGAAGAGAGAUGCUGCUUCCUUUUCCGUGACCUUGGACACAGGAGACAUCAUCGCUUUCCGUUGCUUUGAUUCCUGGCCAGUUCCGACGGGAAGCUCUUGCACAGGCCCUCCUUCCAUAUCAACAUCAGAAACCACACAGAGUUCCACUACCACCACGAGCACCACAACAGAGAAGCCAAGCACCACAACUAGAACACAAGCUUCAACCACAACCACAACCACAACCUCACUGCCAGCUUCCAAAGUUUGGAGCCCGGUAGAUGGUGGAGAAGGCCGUGCAUGCCGGGGAAGUUGGCCUGGAGAUAACUCUCCAAGCUACUAUACCGUCACCAUGGCCCAAACCUUGGAGGCUUGUCAGAGGGCUUGCGAGCUCAGGGCGGAGUGCGUAGGCGUGGAGUUUUCCGGAAGCCGCUGCGAGAUCUGGACUCGCAGCCAGGGAAUACAGAGCAGCAAAGCCCUGCCGAACUUUUGGUGUCUCGCCUAUUCUUUGCCUACAACGGGCCGCUUCGUGCCGGUGGACGGUGGAAGUGAUCGUGCCUGUCGGGGUGCCACGCCGGCGGACAAUUCUGCUGCGUACUACCGGGUCGUCGGAAGCAGCUUGGUUUGA